GGUGAGAGAAAAAUAUCUUGUCACCGGCAAAAAAAACCUAAUAGCCAAACCUCAUUAGCACGUGCUGUUUGUGUGCCGAAAGCCCAAACCCUAAACCCAUAGUGCUACUGUCGUUCGUGUAUAUAAACACUUCAGCCUCUCUCAAAAUUAAAUCCUCUCUCUCUGCUAUUUCCAAAACCCUAAUUCUCUCAGCCGCAGGGUUUUGAAUAGCUUCUCCAAUUUCUACCUUCUCUUCCCUUUCCAAUGGCCAAGUCAAGCAAGAAAUCCGCUACCAAAGUUGAAGAUGCUCCCGUUGUUGUUUCUCCAGCCAAGUCUGGAAAGAAAGGCAAGAGGCAGGCUGAGGAAGAAGCUAAGGCAGUGAGUGCAAAGAAGCAAAAGCUAGAAGAGGUUAAGCAAAAGAAGGAGGCUGAGUUGAAGAAGGUUAAGGAAGAAAGUAGUUCAGAUGAAUCCUCUGAUGAGUCUGAGGACGAGAAACCGGUCGCUCCCGCAAAAAAGACCCCAGCCAAAAAUGGGGAUGUGAAGAAAGCCCCCAAGCCAGUUUCUAGUUCCAGCUCAGAGGAGUCUGAAGACUCUUCUGAUGAGGAAGCUAGUGUAAAGAAGCCAACUAAAGUAGAGGCUGCUAAGGUUACUAAGGUGGUGCCAAAGGAGGAAAGUUCUGACGAUUCAGAGUCAGAUGAUGAUUCAUCUGAAGAUGAGAAACCUGCAGUAAAAGCUGUUGCUUCUAAAAAUGUGAGUGCCCCAGCAAAGAAAGAAGCUAGUUCUUCUGAUGAUUCUUCCGAUGAAGACUCUGAUGAAGAUGAAGCUCCAAAACCAAAGGCUGCCCCUGCUGCAGCCAAGAACGGAUCUGUUCCUGCAAAGAAGCCUGCUGAAAGCUCUGACUCUGACAGCUCAGAGUCUGAUUCUGAUGAUGACAAGAACAAGAAAAAACCUGCAACUACUGUUCCCAAAACUGAAAGCUCAGAUGAUGAUUCAAGUGAGGACAGCUCUGAUGAAGAGGAUACAAAGCCUACAAAGCCUGCUGCAACUCCUAAGGCUGCUGCAGCUGCGAAGGAAGAUAGCUCUUCUGAUGAAGAUAGCAGCUCUGACGAAGACACUGAAACCGGAAAAUCUAAUGGAAACAAGAAAACUGUGGCUGCUGUGAAGACACAGGAUAAAAUGGAAGUUGAUGAUGACAGUGAUAGUUCUGACGACAGUGAGGAGGAGAGUGACGAAGAACCCGCCAAAACUCCCCAGAAAAAGGUUGUCAAAGAUGUGGAGAUGGUUGAUGCUAACAAAUCUGCAAAAAAAGCUCCUGCUACCCCAGCUACACCCAAUCAGAGUGGCGGUUCAAAGACAUUGUUUUGUGGAAACUUGUCAUUUAGUGUGCAGCGAGCUGAUAUAGAAAAUUUCUUCGGUGAAGACGUUGUUGAUGUCCGUCUUGCUAAUGAUGAGGAUGGAAGGUUUAAAGGAUUUGGACAUGUUGAGUUUGCAACUGCAGAGGCAGCCCAAAGUGCACUUGAGUUGAAUGGGCAAGAAUUGUUGCAACGUGCCAUCCGACUUGAUUUAGCUCGGGAGAGGGGGGCUUAUACUCCUAAUGCUAACAGCAACUACUCAGCUCAAAGUGGUGGAAGAUCUCAAACAAUAUUUGUCAAAGGUUUUGAUAGUAAUCUAGGGGAGGAUGAGAUAAGAUCAAAAUUGGAAGAACAUUUUGGUUCCUGUGGGGAAGUUACAAGGGUGUCAAUCCCCAAAGAUUUUGACUCUGGUUAUGUCAAGGGGUUUGCAUACAUGGACUUCAAAGAUUCUGACAGCAUGAGCAAAGCUCUAGAACUCAGUGGGAGUGAACUUGGAGGUUAUGCUUUGACAGUGGAUGAAGCCAAACCUAGAGAUAGUCAAGGUUCUGGGAGUAGAGGAGGUCCUGCUGGAAGGCGUGGUCGCUUUAGUAGUGGAAGGGGGGAUAGUGGAAGAGGUCGAUUUGGUAGCGGAAGGGGGGAUAGCGGAAGAGGUCGAUUUGGUGGAAGGGAUAGUGGCCGUAGAGGUCGAGGAAUAGGUCGUACUGGAUUCAACAAACCAGAAGGAACGAAGAAAACUUUUGCUGAUGACUAGAGUGGUGGUAUUUUUUGCUGAUGUUGAAACUUAUCUUCAGUCUUGGGGAUACUGAAAACUUAUAUCUUUAUGCAUCUUAUUAUUUUUAUUUCUAGUAGUUUUUCUUGCUCAGUUUUGUUUUGGUAAUUUGUAGUAUGAAUUGGAAAAGAUGGUUAUGUAUCGGAAAUUUUUGUGAUUGAUAGUCUCAGUCUUAUGGAUUUUGGAAUUUCUGCGGCUAUUUGAAUUUGCAGCAGAUGUUUGUUUAAUUACAUGAAUUAAUCUUAUAAAUUUAUCAUUA